AUGGGUACUGGCAUCGAGCUGCUGUGCGCGCAGGCGUGUGGGGCGAAGAACAACCACCUCGUGGGAGUUGCGUUCGCGCGAGGCACCCUGCUGACGGCGUUCCUGUUCAUCCCGGUGGCAUUCCUCUGGUUUUACAUGGAGAACAUUAUGCUCGCCUUCGGACAACAGGAGAACAUCGCCCACGUCACUGGGACCUUUACCAGGGCGUAUCUGUACGGAAUGGUCCCGUACGCCGUGUACGAAAAUCUCAAGCGAUGCCUCCAGGCGCAGUCUGUGGUGAUCCCUGUGGCGGUCGUAGCCAUCUUAGGGGUCUUCGCUAACGUCGUCUUCCACCACGUCACCAUGGUCGUCCUGGGAAUGGGGGUUGACGGAGCGGGGCUGGCGCUCAGCCUUACCGGGAUGUUCCUGUUGGUGACCUUGAUCUCUUUCACGUGGAUGUUUGGGCUCGGCGCUAGAGGUUGCUGGUCUGGACUCCUUUCCACGGACAUAUUUAAGCACUGGCCUGCGUACCUUGCCAUUUGCAUCCCUGGGUUAAUCGGAGUGUUCAUUGAGUGGACUUCGAUUGAGGCUUCUAUCUUCUUUGCGGGGCUCCUAGGGGAGAAGCAACUGGCGACGCAGGUGCUGAUCCUCAGCGCCUACAACAUCGUCUUCCAGUUCGCCCUGUCCAUCAACAUCGGGUCAAACAUCCGGGUCGGCACCCUCCUGGGUGCCGGGGACUCCGAAGGGGCGCGCAAGGCCGCAUGGUGCGGGGUUCGUCUGGGCCUGAUGGCGGCGGCAGCGGCGGCCCUGGGAUACGGGUUCGGACGCGCCCAGUGGCCCCUUCUCUACGGGGUUUCCGAGGACGUGCUCGGCAUGAUCGUCGACCUUACUCCGAUCUACGUCGCGGGUCAGAUGAUAAACAUGAUGCAGAUUGUGUGCAAUGGCAUCUUGAAGGGCAUGGGCCACCAGCGCAUCCAGGCCAUUGCGGCGGGCGUCGGGUUCUGGGUGGUUGGCGUUCCUCUGUCGGCCUUUCUUGGGCUUCAGCUCGGCUUCGGGGUGAAGGGCCUCUGGAUAGGGCUAGCCGUCGGGGAAUUCCCCCUCGUCCUCUUCUACAUUUGCCUACUCAGAUCGGCCGACUGGAACCAAUGCGCUCUCGACGCCGCAGAGCGGGUCGAUGAAAAUUCUGAGUUCGUCCUGGUCGAGACGGACCCCAGCAACCUUCCAAGCGACUCCGAUUCUUCCGAGUCUUCGGAUUCUGCCGAUUCCGAUUGCGACAGUGGCGCCGGGGGGGGAGCCGUCCCCGGGUUUCAGGCAGGAGGCGGCUCGGAGGACGAGGAGGAGGCGGGUGGGCUCGAGGAUUUUUACUGCGGGGGCGGUGGGAGGGCCAUCGUCCGGGGAACUAGCGGCGGGGAGAGAGUUAAGACGGACCACGCAGGGGAGAAGGUCAAGCUUGCAACGGUGGUACCUUAUCGCCAUCGCGAUGGUGGCGGCCCCGGUGUGUACAUGAUCGUGUGAUGAGGGUGCCGUGGGAACGACGUGCGGCCCGUGGCGCCCGGCCGGUCUCCGACAUUGUUGGACAACAUGCGAUGGAGUGACGGACGCCCUCAGGUAGAUGCGUUUGGUCGAUCUCGUGUGGUGAAUGCUCACGCUAUUAGAUAGGGCACGGCCGUAGCCUUAGCGCCUCAAUUACUGCUGAGCGCCCGAUUGAUCAUGUGAGACAAGCAUCAGUCCGUGUCAUCAUUCGUGAGGAUGAUUGGCGUGUAGCCACCCUUGCUGCUUCACCCAAUUCAAUGUGGCGAUCGAUCUGGAGCGUUUGAUUGUGAUGGAGAAAUUUGGCGCAUGCAUGCAUGUGUACGGACGAGAGCGCGCCCGCCAGUGAGUUUGUUUUGUUGCUGUGGCCCUGACACGCGUCGCGGCGCACUUGCUACGGGCGCGCUUGGUGCUGCGUCGUGCGUGCGCCAUUGGACAUCGCUGGCGGCCACCAAGGUCGUGAUGAUGAUGUGGAGGCCACCAAAGUGAUGUGGAGUGAAGUUAUGGCGUGAAUGAUUUGUUUGGUGCGUGCUUUCCUCUUUCGCGUCGUUUCGUCCCGUCUUGGCAGCUGAGGAAACGCUGAUAGAAGCAUCGUCAUUAUCAUCGCAGAUUUUGGGCGUUUGUUUCAGGUUCUAGAUACUACCCCCUUAGCUUUGUGCGACAAGGUGCUCUGAAUCUGAAUAUGUUCAGUGUUGCG